AAAUCGCCUAUAAUUCUCUUUUCUUUUCUUUUUCUUCUUUUCUAUAAGCCUUUUUUAUCCUUUACGUUUACAAGAACGAGAACGACACACAAAAAAACCAAUUAAGAGCCAAUAUGUCUUGCUGCCAGCACAACAACAACAUCAAGCGAAACGUCGAUAAAACAUCUAGUUGCAACAUCUUGCGUGUACAUAUCAUAACUUACUAUAUGUUCCUCUCGUUUCGCAAUGGACUGGUCAUUCACUUUCGCUUUGGUCGAAAACAAGCACGACGACGACGACGACAACAACAACAACAACAUUCAAAAAGCAGCCUCCCUUCAUUAAUUCACACUCUUUCCUUCCAUCUCUCUUCCUCUCCCUCAAUCCUAUCGUUGAACGGUUUUCUUUUUUUUUCUCCCUCUCCUUCAUCAUCUUUUUUCACCCUCAUCACAGUCUGUUCGCCAUCGUUUUUUUAUGCCAAACGUUUCUUCUUUCUAUUUACAUCAUAUACAUUAUGUGCGAUCCCUUCAUAUUACAUUACACACUCAAUCCACCCGAGAAAAAAUAUUAUUUAUGCGAUGAAGUAGUAGUUAUUGUUAGAUGGCUGCUGGUUAAAGCCAAAUUUGCUUGCUUGUAAAUACUUCUUUUAUAUCAUUCUUUGUAGUAGCCUUCUAUCUUUUCUUUUUUCUUUCAAAUCACCCGUUAUCUAUUCUUCUUCUUCAUACAGCUGCAUACACACAACACAUCAUAU